AUGCGCGGAGGAGGACAACAGCCUGUAAUUGUUCUUUCUCUUGGAACAAAACGAGAAAGUGGAUACCAAGUUCAAACUGGAAACAUCGCUGCGUGCAAAACAAUUGCCGAUGUGAUUCGAACAGCUUUGGGACCGAAAGCAAUGUUAAAGAUGCUUAUGGAUCCAAUGGGAGGUAUUGUCAUGACAAAUGACGGGAACGCGAUUUUGAGAGAAAUCACGGUUAAGCACCCGGCAGCAAAAAGCAUGAUUGAUAUUGCUAGGACUCAGGAUGAAGAGACUGGAGAUGGUACAACUUCGGUGAUAGUUCUUGCUGGAGAAAUCAUGUCAAAAGCCCACGUCUUUUUGGAGCAACGCAUUCAUCCAACUAUCAUUAUUCAGGCAUACCGUCAAGCUCUUGAAGAUAUGGUUAAAUUAGCGGAAACCAAGUUCAGCAAGCCUAUUGAUGUGAACAACACCGAAGAGCUUACCGUCGUUGUGAAAUCUUGCCUUGGUACCAAGAUGUUAGCCAAGUGGAUGGAUUUGGCAGUUAAUAUUGCGCUUGAUGCCGUCCAAACAAUUCGAAUUGACAAGGGAGGGGUUCAAGACAUCGACAUUAAAAGAUAUUGUCGAAUCGAGAAAAUCCCGGGAGGGACCAUUGAAGACAGUCGCGUAGUAAAAGGAGUUGUCCUCAAUAAAGACGUCACACAUCCUAAAAUGAAGCGUCGAAUUGAAAAUCCACGAAUUAUUCUUCUUGACUGCAAUCUCGAGUAUAAGAAGGGUGAAUCUCAAACUUCGCUAGAAAUUAUGCGGGAGGAGGAUAUCACUCGAAUCUUGGAACAGGAAGAAACCGAGAUUCGCAAACAAUGUGAUGAAAUCAUCCGUUUAAAGCCGGAUUUGAUCUUCACUGAAAAAGGAAUUUCUGAUCUGGCUCAACACUUUCUUCUAAAGGCUGGAAUCACUGCUAUUCGCCGUCUGAAGAAAACCGACAAUAAUCGCCUCGCUCGAGUCUGCGGUGCGCGAAUCGUCAAUGAGACAUGUGAUCUCAGGGAAGAAGAUGUUGGGCUCAAGGCCGAGCUUUUUGAGAUUACCAAGAUUGGGGAUGAGUAUUACACUUAUGUCACUUCUUCUCAAACUACUGCUGUAACGGUUUGCCUGCGUGGUCCUUCAAAGGAUAUCAUUAAUGAGGUCGAACGGAACUUGAACGAUGCUGUGAAUGUUGUUCGCAAUGUUCUUCUGAAUCCUCGCCUUGUACCGGGAGGUGGUGCACUCGAAAUGGCCCUUUCUCAUGCUCUUCAUGAAAAUAGCAGGCAAAUGGAAGGUUCCAGGAAAAGUCCAUACGAUGCAGCUGCCCUUGCGCUUGAAGUUAUUCCUAGGACUUUGAUUCAAAAUUGUGGAGGAAACACAAUUCGUCAAAUUACGGCUUUGCGUGCCAAGCAUGCGCAAGGUCCUGAAAAUUGGACAUGGGGAAUAGAUGGUUCGUCAGGAGAUUUGGUAGACAUGAACAAAUUGGGUGUUUGGGAUCCACUUUCAGUGCGAAUUCAAGUGCUGAAAACAGCUGUUGAAACUUCGGUAAUGUUGCUUCGUAUUGAUGAUAUCGUGUCCGGCACCAAGAAAUCGACUGGUGAAGAGAGAAAAGAAAUCAUGCCGGAA